AAUUUGUAAAAUUGAAUUUGUGUGGAGAAAGAAGCUCGUCACAAAGACUGAAUCUGUGGCUGCGUCUAUCUCUGAAACACAUUCUUCCACAUCUCUUCUCUUUCUCUCAAGACAAAAAAUGGUGGAAGAUGAACAAUGAAGAAAAAUCAUUGUUCUUGUUCAUGCAUUAACCCUGUUGUUAUGUUCCUCCAUGGCCUGUUACAUCGUUCCUUAUUACCACAAUCCGGUUUUGUCUCAUCCCAAUAGAGAAAUCAUCAGUCACCGUCACCACCACCGUUUCUCCAACAAGCUCUUGAAGACAAGAAUUAGAGUUCCUCGAAGUUCCGCCAUUAGUGACGGUGGUGUCUCCUACAAUACUCUAGUCUCCGAGGCGGUGAGGCUUUUGGUUCCACAAGCAAACUUUGAUUCCUCGAAGCUUAAAGUUGAGUUCUUAGGGGAGUUAUUGGAGAACAAGAGUAGCGGAGGGAUUAUUACGCCGCGGACUUAUAUUCUUUCGCAUUGUGACUUCACUGCUAACUUAACCUUAACAAUCUCAAACGUCAUCAACCUGGAUCAACUAGAAGGCUGGUACAAGAAAGAUGAUGUGGUUGCUGAGUGGAAGAAGGUGAAUGACGAGUUGCGUUUACAUAUUCAUUGUUGUGUGAGUGGUAUGAGUUUAUUGCAGGAUGUGGCUGCAGAGCUUAGGUAUCAUAUUUUCUCCAAGGAACUGCCUUUGGUACUAAAAGCUGUGGUGCAUGGAGAUUCAGUUAUGUUUAGAGAGAACCCUGAGCUAAUGGAUGCUUAUGUAUGGGUUUAUUUCCAUUCAAGCACACCUAAAUACAACCGGAUCGAGUGUUGGGGACCUAUCAAGGAUGCUGCAAAGGGAAAGCAGAAGGGAAAUCAUCAAGGCUUCUUGAGUUCAACGACUUCGAAGAAAUUGAUUCAACAUAAGUCUAUCUUCCAUACCCUGUUAACGUUUCUUCUGUGAGACAAAGUUGUACAUUCUCCUGUUUUUUGCAAAUGAUGUAGAUUUCUUGAUGAGCAUCUGACACAAGUGCAAUUUGCCAACAUUCAAUUGUUCAUACAUGGAAAAUUUAUGAGAGCCUAGUUUCUUAAUGUUUCUUCAA